AUGAGACACUGUGAACGCGCACCUCCACUUCAUGCACCAAAGCCCAAAAUUUUCUAUACCAUGGCACUUGAGGUGCCAGGUGAUGUUAUAUGCCCAUCACAUGCCAUAGCUGGGUAUUCGUGCCCAAAUGAAAAUAAGAGCUAUCUGCUCCAGCUUCUCACUCCUGCAGCUUCGAGUCAACACCUUCUCGCAUUGCUGGAUGACGCCAGAAUCCUAAUGUUUGACAAGGCGCAUCUUGCCACGCCCUUGCACACAAUACAAGCAGGGCAACAGGAAUCUAUGAAGGCUCUUUCAAAUAUUGAAAGCGAAAAAAGUGCAUGGAUUGCAGCAUCAAGUGCUGGAUAUUUGGCCGUUUGGGAUGCGCGAACUAACUCAACAGCGCCGGCAAUGCGUCUCGUGGGUCCUAGCUCUGCGCCGUAUUUGUCAUUGGCUUCGAGCAGUACGUAUGUCGCAGCUGGCACAGAGUUGCAAGGGUCCGAUGCAUAUCUUGAUAUCUGGGACUUGCGGCAAGCGGGUGCACCUGUUCGUACCUAUAGCGAAGUGCAUUCCGACGAUAUUACGUCGCUAGUUUAUCACCCGGAUGAAUCUAUGCAUCACGGUAUUUUACUGAGCGGCGGCAUGGAUGGACUUGUUUGUGCUACAGAUACAAACAUCAGCUCUGAAGAUGACGCAGUAGUGUCUGUGGGCAAUACGAAUGCAAGUCUUGCCCGUGUGGGAUGGGCUGCUUGUCCUGAUUCAUAUACGUUUACGCCGCGCUCAUCAGUCGUUGAUGUCGGCAUGGAUGAGCAUGAGCAGGCACUCGCGAAUAGUGCGCACUGGAAUCAUCUAGGACCUGCUUAUGCUAUUAGCAACAUGCAGACGCUGAGUUUAUGGGAUGCAGAUAAGUUUGAUUGCAUAAAGGAGGAUAUUGAAGUACGCAAGCCAACGAGUUAUCGACCACCUUGGGUCACAGACUACGUCAUUGAUGCAUGUGCGAAGGGUCCUUUUACGCGCCCAGGCUCUAUUCUCGCACCCGGUGUGCAUCUUUAUGUGGGUGAUCAAGAGGGAGGCAUAGCUCUUUUGAGCGCUGAAGCUCAAGGUCAAGAUCAGGAGAACGACAUUGUCAUAUCUUGGAAAAUGCAUGCUCGUCUUCCCAGUGCUGAGAAGCAUUCUCAGGCACAUGCAGAUAUUGUGCGGUGCAUCGAAUGGGAUCCUAUACAUGCCCGGCUGUUUACUGGCGGUGAAGAUGGCCGAUUAUUGGCAUGGUCUCUUGAUGCGUCCGAAGAGCCGCAACCUCCGUCUAAUGCUUCUAAAACGAAGCUUACAGAUCAUUCGUCGCAGAAAAGUAGCGGAAGGCCGAGACCGACAGGCCUUGACCCAGCGAAGAAACGAUAUUCACCCUAUGCGUAG